AAAUUAAAAUUAGGCCGGGCCUAUUGUUCGGAGUUUGGGUGGCAUUGCGUGAAGUGUGCGUGCGACUAUAGUCGGUUUGUGUUAUAACGAAAGAGCAAUCUAAUGUUCCGCCAUAGCUGGACCAGAGACAGACCUUAACGUUUUUCUUUUCUUUUUCUUCCCACUUAAAUUUUACUAUUAUACCUCAAUAUUUAUUGCUCUUCUCUCCAAUGGCGUCGCUGUUACUACGGCGAAAAGCUUCAACUGUAGGAGUUUCUCGCUUUCUGCACGCAGGUACUACACAACCAGUUGUUUUACAUUUGGAGUUGAAAAAUGGAGGUGUUACUAGUGUUUCAAAUGUGAUAAGGCAAUUCAGUAGCUUUAAUCGUAAGGAGAAGUUUGAAUUUACAAGCUCCAGCAGUAGUACCACAAAGUUCGAUUUUAUGGACCUAACUCGUCCUCAUACAUGGUACCCAAAUGCUCGAAGGAAGCAUCGCAAGGUUAUCUUACACAUGGGUCCCACGAAUAGUGGAAAAACUUAUCAUGCUUUAAAGCGACUUGAGUCAAGUGCUUCUGGGAUAUAUUGUGCUCCUUUGAGAUUGUUGGCUUGGGAGGUGGCAAAACGGUUGAACAAGGCAAAAGUUCCUUGUGAUCUAGUUACAGGACAAGAGAAAGAAGAGGUUGAUGGUGCAAAGCACAAGGCCGUGACAGUUGAGAUGGCUGAUGUGACCUCUGAUUAUGAUUGUGCCGUUAUUGAUGAAAUUCAGAUGUUGGGUUGUCGGUCAAGGGGCUUUUCAUUUACACGUGCACUUUUAGGAAUAUCUGCUGAUGAACUUCACAUUUGUGGAGACGCAGCCGCUAUUCCCUUAAUUCAGGAAAUGCUCAAAGUGACUGAUGAUCAAGUAGAGGUUCAACACUAUGAGAGACUUUCACCAUUGGUUCCACUGAAGGUUCCUCUCGGGCCCUUCAAUAACAUUAGAACAGGGGAUUGCAUUGUAUCAUUUUCACGUAAGAAAAUAUAUCAAUUGAAGAGACAAAUAGAAAAUGAGAGGAAGCAUCUUUGUUCUGUAGUUUAUGGUUCACUUCCUCCAGAAACCCGGACAAGACAGGCAACGAUGUUCAAUGAUGAAAGCUCUGAGUUUGAUGUUCUUGUGGCCAGUGACGCGGUGGGGAUGGGUCUUAAUCUCAACAUUUCCAGGAUAAUUUUUUCAACAAUGACAAAAUUUGAUGGUACUGAGGAACGGGAGCUCACAGUGCCAGAGAUAAAGCAAAUUGCAGGGAGAGCGGGCAGGUAUGGAUCAAAAUUUCCUGUUGGUGAGGUGACUUGUAUGGAUGCUGAGUAUCUACCUUUGCUUCAUUCAUCACUGAAUGCUCCAUCCCCCACAUUAGAGAGAGCUGGAUUAUUUCCUAAUUUCGACCUCAUAUUUACAUAUUCACGUUUGCAUCCAAAAAGAGGCCUGUAUGAGAUAUUGGAACAUUUUGUAGAGAAUGCCAAAUUAUCGUAUAAUUAUUUUAUUGCGGAUUGUGAAGAUAUGAUGAAAGUUGCUGCUAUCAUCGAUGAGUUACCUCUUGGCUUACAUGAUAAGUACCUUUUCUGUAUCAGCCCAGUUGACAUGGAUGAUGAAAUUUCAUCUCAAGGUCUUACACAGUUUGCUGAGAACUAUGCAAAAAAGGGCAUUGUUCGUCUUCGAGAAAUAUUCACACCAGGGACGCUUCAGGUGCCAAAAUCACAAGCCGGACUUAAGGAAAUUGAAUCCAUUCACAAGGUCUUGGAUCUUUAUGUAUGGUUGAGUUAUCGAUUGGAGGAUUCUUUCCCAGAUCGUGAACUAGCAGCAUCACAGAAAGCCAUCUGCAGCUUGCUUAUUGAGGAGUUCUUGGACAGGUUUGGAUGGCACAAGCCAAGGGCUAGCCUAGCAAAUUUGCAGCCUGGUUCAACUUCCUUGUUAUCCCAAAGGAUUAGGAAAUAUUUAUGAGACCAUUUUCUUUUUCCCCUUUUACUUUUCUUCAAUAUUUUUUUAUAGAUUUAUUUUGUAAUUCUUUCAAAAGUAUAUUUAUGUGAAAUACAGUCUAGUGGUGGCUUUAAGUCGAGUACUCCUACUUGCUCUUGUAUUUGCUCUGUCUCAGUGUCCAGCUGAUCAAUGUUCUCGUGAUAAUCUGUAUUAUUUUUAGACAAUAAAAUCUACAUUCUUUUCAA